ACUGUGUGUUCCCAAAGGUUCGUCCUAUUUGGCGGCUGCUGCCUCGUCCACAGCUUCUGAUACCUAAGAGGACUCUCCCUCACAAACUACCUGUCACCAUGGCCCACCGAUUUCCAGCCCUCACCUCAGAACAGAAGAAGGAGCUCUCAGAAAUCGCCCAGCGCAUUGUUGCCAAUGGGAAGGGGAUCCUGGCUGCAGAUGAGUCCGUAGGCACCAUGGGAAACCGCCUGCAGAGGAUCAAGGUGGAGAACACUGAGGAAAACCGCCGGCAGUUCCGGGAAAUCCUCUUUACCGUAGACAACUCCAUCAACCAGAGCAUCGGGGGCGUGAUCCUUUUCCAUGAGACCCUCUACCAGAAGGACAGUCAGGGGAAGCUGUUCAGAAACAUCCUCAAGGAAAAGGGGAUUGUGGUGGGAAUCAAGUUAGACCAGGGAGGUGCUCCCCUUGCAGGAACCAACAAAGAAACCACCAUUCAAGGGCUCGAUGGCCUUUCUGAGCGCUGUGCCCAGUACAAGAAAGAUGGUGCUGACUUUGGGAAAUGGCGUGCUGUGCUAAGGAUUGACAACCAGUGUCCAUCCAACCUUGCCAUCCAGGAAAAUGCCAAUGCCCUGGCCCGCUACGCCAGCAUCUGUCAGCAGAAUGGGCUGGUACCCAUUGUUGAACCAGAGGUACUUCCUGAUGGAGACCAUGACAUGGAACACUGCCAGUAUGUUACUGAGAAGGUCCUUGCUGCUGUCUAUAAGGCCCUGAAUGACCAUCAUGUUUACCUGGAGGGCACCUUGCUGAAGCCCAACAUGGUGACCGCUGGACACGCCUGUACCAAGAAGUAUAUGCCAGAGCAAGUGGCUAUGGCCACUGUCACAGCUCUGCACCGUACUGUUCCUGCAGCUGUUCCUGGUAUCUGCUUUUUGUCUGGUGGCAUGAGCGAAGAGGAUGCUACUCUCAACCUCAAUGCUAUCAACCUUUGCCCUCUACCAAAACCCUGGAAACUAAGUUUCUCCUACGGACGGGCCCUGCAGGCUAGUGCACUGGCUGCCUGGGGCGGCAAAGCUGCAAACAAGAAGGCGACCCAGGAGGCUUUCAUGAAGCGGGCCCUGGCUAACUGCCAGGCAGCCAAAGGACAGUAUGUUCACUCCGGCUCUUCUGGUGCUGCUUCCACUCAGUCUCUCUUCACAGCCUGCUAUUCCUACUAG